GUGGGGUGGCUAGCUGCGUCAGCAGCAGUUAUCUUCUGUUUACAACAACAGUGUAUAGAAGAGCAUCUCUGAAUGUACAGUGCAUCAAACCUGGAAGUGGAUGGACAGCCAGGUUCCAUUCCUGUCAGACAUGAAGGGCCACCCAACCCACUGGAUCUCCUGUGGUCACCCGUUUACUGAGCGAACGGUAUGGAACCCCAAGUUCUGCAUAGUUACUGACUGUCAGCUGCUUUUACUGGACAAAGAAGAGAUCCAUCCCCUGCUGGUGCAGGGCCGUCGUGCUGAGUCAUGUAAAGUGAGGCUGCUCCGUCGCACCAUCAGCGUUCCGGCCGAGAGCCAGUUCCCAGAAUACCAUGCGGAACUGUCCACGGAGAGCGAAACCCCAGGGUGCAGUACUGAUCCCCUCCACACGAGCCCGGCCGUCACUCGGGCCGAGCCGCACGGCAGCGGUGACGGGCUGACCGCUCCACCCCGGAGCCCGGCGUGGGUCCGCUGCAGCUCCACCCUGGAGGAGCGUAAAAAAAGGGGCGCUGUGCCUUUAAGAGCCCGGAGACGCGCGGAUGUGGAAAAGGCCCCUGCGUGA